CCCAUACAUUAGACCCGGUAGUUUAUUUUUGUUUAAAGGGAAGGGGUGGUUUAGGUCGGAAGUGUAGUGUGAGUUAACUACAAUACCCAGAAAUCUAAUCGAGGCAACCCUUCCAAGCGUGAUUUUCAGAGCAUUUUUUUUGGCUUACAGUGGGCGGGCAGAUGUGGCUGAAUGUUUUUUCUGUGCGUGUUUCCAGAGGUUUAGUAUCAAUAGUAAGAGUUGAACGAGGAGCUGCGGGACACGUGCAACAACUGUCUAAACACACAAAAAUGGCAGCAGAGCAGGCAAAACAGCUUGCAGGAUAUGCAGCUGUGAACAACCACGUGAAGGACAAUCAAGUCCUUGGUAUUGGAAGUGGCUCUACAAUUGUCUAUGCCGUUCAGCGACUCGCUGAAAGGGUUAAACAAGAGAAUCUAAAUGUGAUAUGCAUUCCUACGUCUUUUCAGGCUCGUCAGCUGAUCCUCCAGCAUGGUUUAACACUGUCUGAUCUCGACAGACACCCAGAGCUUGAUGUUGCCAUAGAUGGAGCAGAUGAAGUGGAUUCCAAUCUUAAUUUAAUUAAAGGUGGUGGGGGUUGUUUGACGCAAGAAAAAAUAGUUGCCGGCAAUGCCAAAUGUUUUAUUGUCAUUGCAGAUUACAGGAAGGACUCUUUGAACCUCGGUGAUCAGUGGAAGAAUGGCAUUCCUAUUGAAGUGAUUCCAAUGGCCUAUGUCCCAGUUGUCAAAACAAUCUCCAAGAAGUUUGGCGGUGUUACAGAACUAAGAAUGGCAGUCAAAAAAGCUGGCCCUUUGGUGACCGACAAUGGUAAUUUUUUGUUGGACUGGAAGUUUGAUAAAGUCCAUAACUGGAAGGAGGUGAAUACAGCCAUCAAAAUGAUACCUGGGGUUGUGGAUACUGGCCUUUUCAUUGCUAUGGCACAGCAAGUUUACUUUGGAAUGGAAGAUGGUUCCGUCACCACUCGAGAAAAGCCCAGUGAUUGAGAUAAUGACUUAUAGCAUGCCUUACAGUUGUUAUUGCUGUGUUGAAAGUUUUGAUUAUACAUGCCAUACUUUUAGCCUUUGUAUUGGGAGUCUGAUAAAUCCUGUUUAGGGUUUACAGACUGCUGCAGCUAUUACAAAAAAAAUCAUUCUGCCUGAGGAUCUAGACAGACUACUGUUUGGAAUACUAGAUUUUGGUCUGUUAGGAUAACAAAUGUACAGUUCAGAUAUGGGGAGCCGGUUUCCCUUUUAUUCAUUUUAUGUAAAAAGCAAGGAUAUAUGUGCAGGUAAGGGAAAGUGCUCUUCAAGUUCUUUUUUAAAUGCAUCUGUUAAGUUUUCUUCAUUUUUGCUCUGCAGUAGCAGUUAUUUCAAAUAAAAUUAAGUUGUUUUAAUCUAAA